UUAUGGAGACUCGAGGAAAUGCAACCUCCCUAACUGGUCGCCAGUCACCAAAGAGUAUAAAUAGCUGCCUAAAACCGUUUGCUAUCACACUGGAAUAGCCUACUCUUCACACUGAAAAGACUGAAAACCAUUCACAAGAAGAAAUGAGUACAGACAAAUUAAAGAAUCUGGAGUGCCUCUUCACAUGGGACGUAAACAAAGAUGACAUCAAUGACUUGGAGGGCGUCCCAGAGAAGCUCCUGGACCGCGUCAAGUACUGUCCCCGCAGGUACCACGGCACCUACUUCAACAUCCUGGCCUUUGUGAGCCACCUGCAGGGUAGGACCGACACUGCCCUUGAAUACCUGGCCAAGUCUGAAGCCGUGCUGAAGGAGGAGAAGCGAGAUGAGGCGGAAUUCCUGGUCACCUACUCCAGCUUCGCAUGGCUGCACCAUCACCUGGGUAACAUGAAAGACAUGGAGACCUACCUGGGCAAGGUGAAGAGCAUAGGUGAUGGUGGAGAGACUGCUGUGGAAGCAGAGAAAGGGUGGAGCUUCUUAAGGUUUGGGCCUAAGUUCUAUCCUCGGGCUAAGGAGAGCUUUCAGAAGGCCCUGGAAGCCAAACCUGACAGCAUAUCUUAUAAUGUGGGCUAUGCUAUAGUCCUUUAUCGGUUAGAGGGGCUUGUCAGAAAGGAUGUUAGAGUCAAACCAAAGGACAGCCCUGCAGCCAAACAGCUACAGAGAGCCUUGGAUCUCGACCCCACUGAUGCUGAAGUUAUGGUGCUCUUAGCCCUGAAACAUCAAACGUAUAAUGCGUCAAAGAGCAGAGAGCUGGUCCUCACGGCCCUUGAGAAGUGUCCAGACAUGCCUCAGAUCAUCAGGUACGUGGGUGCAUACUUCAGGAGAGACAACUCCACCGCAGAAUCUAUAGCGAUCCUCGAGGAGGCGGCUAAGAGAGCUCCCAACUCCUCCUUCGUCUACCACCAGAUGGGGCUCUGCUACUGGCAAGAGAUGAUCAACAUGAAGACAUCCGGAGCGUGGCGGACCGGCUCUGCACAAGUCAAGGACGCUGCCGCCAAAAGCAUCCGCCUCUUCCGCAAGACCGUGGAGCUGAAGCCGUCCAACACGCACGCCUGGGUCCACCUGGCGGAGGCGUACGCGGAGAGCCGGCAGCUGGAGAAGGCCGAGCCCAUUUUCACCCGCCUGAUCUCGGACGAGCGACUGACCGACGCAGAGCGGCAGCACUGCCACACCAAGUACGGGAACUUCCUGAUGUACCAGAGGAAGGACGACGCCAGGGCCGUGGAGCAGCUCAAGAAGGCCUACAGGAUCAGGGUCGACACCAAAGACCGGAGUCAGGCUCGGGACAAGCUCAAGAAGAUUGCGAACCGCAGAUCUGGACGGAGAGGCCGGGAGAGUGAUGACAUCUUGGCUUUCCUGUCUGCAGUAGACGACCAGGACAGGCAGGACAGCGCGACCAGGGCUGCAACAGCAGCAGCAAAUGUCAGUGGGCUUGCUGACAGCUUCAAAACAAAGAUGACAUUAUAAAAGGGUCAUAAAAAUGCACUUAGUAAUGUAUAAGCUAUUUGACUGUUAAUGUUUUACAGUAGGUCAGCACUUCUUUUUAAAUAUAAUUAGCUGGUGUAAGCUGUUACUGUAGUAAGGCAGAUGCAUGUUUUUAUUAUUAUUAUUAUUAUUUUUUUAUCAUAUUUGGCAAUUAAAAAAAAUGAUAUAUAUGAACAAUAAGUAAUUUGAUAUGUAUGUGCAAUAUUACCCUUUUUUGUUUUGUUUACUGUAUGUUCGGAAAAUAUUUCUGGUGUUUGAUUACUUGACUGCUGUGCUUGAUGGUCUUUUGGGCCCCCUGACUGACUGCUGGUGUGUAAUUUUGGUGUCUGAGACCAUAUCUCUGCUUGAAUGGUCAUGCGAAGUGAAAUCAUUCUCUGUUAUGCAAAAUAUUAAAAAUCCUUGGUGGUGAUUUUGAUUUUAAAAA